CCAAUCGUUUAUUAAUGUACAAAAUGGCCGUCUAAAGUGAAUUGUUUUUGAUAAAUUCUCGUGUAUAUUGUUAAAAUGGCUGUAAUAAUUUCAAGUGGUUUUAAUGCAAAUAAAUUUGUGAAAAAUAGUUCUUGUGCUACAACAGUUUUGAGCAGAAGAGGUAAUACAAAAGUCACGUUCUGUUUAAAAUCUCAAGGACAUUGUAAAAAAAAAUUGAGAUUACACGGUACAAACUACAAAAAUUGGUCUUUUACAACAGGUUUCAGAAGAAAUUGUGGUAUAUAAUCUGACCAUAAAUAUAUCAUAACAAUGUGGAUUAAUAUAACGGAUAAAGGGCCAUAUCCCGCCCCCCAUUUGAAGCAGUCUGAGAGACCUUUUCGAACGUGGGUUCCUACAGUAUCGAUAGUACCAAGAAAAGCAUUUACGAAUCCGAAUUUCGUCAACAAUACAUCACACUGUACCAGAAUACCUACAGACUCGUUAACCAAGAAUUAUAAACAGUCUCAAAGCCCAAAUUUAAUUACAUCAAUAAAAGAAAAUUGUCCAAAAGUUAUUCCUCAUACAGAUAUGAAAAAUGGUAUAAUGGCUGUUAAAGAUACAACAAACCAUACAGGAAAUCAAUAUCUGGGAGAUAUGCAGGAGAAAGAGAUUGUUUCAGAUCAACAUCAGACUGAUUUUGUGGAUGAAAGUCAAGGGGAAACAGACAAAAUGGAUUUUAAACUAUUAAAUUUUAAAAAGCUGCCUCUUGAUAAUUUUGAUAGAUGUAUGCUUGAUAAGCUGGAUAGGAGUGAAACAAAAGGACGAUCACGUAGGACUAAAAUGCCAUCAGUUUGUGAGAGCGAGGAUAGUUUUAUUGUUUUUGAAGGGAGUGAUAAUGAAAGUUACAAUAAUGAUGAAUCCUCAGAUGAAGAUAGUAGUUCUGACAGUGAAUAUGACAGUGACGAAAGCACAAGUUUACAAAAUCAAAAUGAUGACAUAUCAGAAGUAGAUUCUUGUCAUCCUUUAAGAAACAAAUUGGUCCAGUUUGCUCCUGAUAACAGCCUUUGUGAGGUCCAUCCUAUGAUAAAAUGGUCUUUUGCCUAUCAAGCUGCAAGGAAAGGCCCCUGGGAAAUGUAUGCAAGGGAUAGAUCUAGGUUCAGAGAUAGAAUUAACAGGGUCGAAAAAGAAAUAAAAUAUAUAUUUGAUCUGCAGCAUCGGAACAAGAUUUACAAGGAAAGAUUUGAUAGUAAUGUUGAAAGUGUGUGAUAUUAAUUCAUUAGACUGAGAACUGUUUCAAAUUUAUAAGAUGUUAAUUUUUUUUUGUAAUUAUUAAUAUCACACACCACAACCUCUUAUAAAUUUGGCAUUGUUUAUUCUUAAAUAUAUUCUCUUUUUACUGUGAUAACUGUAGAAAAUAGCAAAAACUAUUGUGUGCUUUUCAAAUAGUUAUUUAAAAAGUCAUAGUGUCAAAUUUGUAACAUAAAUGUGCAAUUAGGACAUUAUUGCAAUGUCCUUGGCAAUAUUUGAUGUUUUAAUAUUCCCACAAAUUACAAAUUAACUAUGGAAUAAAAUACUAGACUAUUAAAACCAUAUAUAGUUAUGGAUUCAUUAGUACUGUUUCAUGACAGGAAAAUAUAUAAUUUUAGUUUAUUUCUGGUUACUUUAUUACAUGUAAUAGAUAAGUAAUGUUUUGUAUGUGCUAUGCAUUGUUUUAUAAGGCUGUCCAAUAUUGCCACACAUUGUAGAAUAUCAAAAAAUAAUUUCUUGUUCAUCUUUCCUUGAACAGUAAAUGCUGUGACUCAUUAGUACUAAUGAGUAAUUUACCAUACCAUUUCGAGUACUUAUUUCAAAGACCUAGAAUAAAUUUAAUUAUUAAAACAAAAUGAAAGUCCUAUUAUUUGAAAUACUUUAUUUGUUUAUAUAUAAAAUUAACAAAUUUAUAGAAAAAUGUAAGAAAGUAUUUAGCAUAUCCUUCAGUAAAAGAUAUUCGACUUUACAAGCUAGUUACCAAUAAGUUUAUCAAGAUUUCAAGUUUAUAUGUUUUAUUUAUUUCAAGUUUAUUCUAUUUAGAAAAAAAUGCAACUAAAAUUCCAACAAUGCAAUCAAAAAGUUAUAGUAUCAAUUUUGCUUUAUAUGAUGACAGAAAAACAAAUUUUGCAGUAAAUAGCAUUAGAAUUCUUUUAACUGUCAUAGCUAGAGUCCCCUUGAUAAUACAGUAUAUCGUUGUUCAUAAAAGUUAUUCUUGCCAUUGUACAACUCUAUUAAGAUUACUAUAAUUUUUAGAAAAAUAUAACUUUUCUUCUAAGAUACAUAAUUCUAUAACUAUCUUUUUUUAUUUCUGGAAUAUAUUAUGUUCUAACUGCUAUGUAAAAUAUGCUAAAACUUAUUAAAUAUAACAAUUACAUUUUCAAACAGUAGGUUUAUACUGUUAAGACUGUGAUAGCAUUUGUUGCAAUAGAAUUAAUGUGUCUAUAUAGAGAGAAAAAAAUAUAAAUUAAAUAAAUAUAUAUGAUCACAACUUAAAAAUACCACAGUAAAAACUUAAAAAAAACAUUAUUUAGGCUUCAUUGCGUUGGUUAUAUUUUUUAUACUUGCUAAAUUCUUUUGGUGUACAUGAAAGGUAUUUUCAUUGUGUAUUAAAUAUAGAUACAAAAGUUAAUUUAAAAACUCUUGUUUUUAUAUGGACAGAUGACUAUUUUUAAAGUUCAAAGUCUGAAUGACACAGAUUUUAAAUUUAGGUCUAUAAUAAAUUUAUUCUAUAUAAAAUUCUAAAAGCAUAAACAUAUUUCCACAUAUUUUGACAUUUGUAAAUAAAAUUAUGUUGCUAAUCUAAAUUUUGGUAAGACUGAAGUGGAGUUUUUAUUGUUGAGAUCUCACGAUACAUUUGCUCCUUGUUUUAAAAUUUAUUAAUUGUUAGUUAAGAUAUAGUUUUAUGGUUGUGGGUUUAUUUUUAGUACACAGUGAAAAAACUUAUGGUUCUGUAAGUAAGUAAUAAUCUCAUAAUUUUUAUGUAUUUCUAAAUUUAUGAUAAUAUAUUGGUACAUCUAUACAAUUUAAAUUUUACACUUUUGUUGACGAUGUUUUUGGUUUAAUGUUUUAAGUGUGUAGUAUUCUGUUUUCCAGAAUUGUGUACGUUGCUUUUGUAACAUCUUUGGUACAAAAGAUUAUUUACCAUUUCAAUUUAGACUUAUAAUGUGUAUCAUAUUAAAUACGUUAAUAAAAACUUAUUAAUCAUCAAAU